AUGGCGGGCAGGCAGCGGCCGAGCCGCCGGCGAGCCGCCGGGCGAGUGCUGCUGCUGCCCGCUCUGGUGCUGGGCUUGUGCUGCCGGGCGGCGCCGGAGCGGCUCCGCUACGCCAUCCCCGAGGAGCUGGGCAGAGGCUCGCUGGUGGGGCCGCUGGCGCGGGACCUGGGGCUGAGCCCGGCGGAGCUGCCGGCACGCAAGCUGCGGCUCAGCGCCGAGAAGCAAUACUUCGGCGUGAGCGGGGAGAGCGGGGAGCUGUACGUGAGCGAGCGGCUGGACCGGGAGGAGCUGUGCGGCGAGGCGGCGUCCUGCUCCGUCAGCUUCGAGGCGCUGGUGCAGAACCCGCUCAACGUGUUCCACGUCGAGGUGGCCAUCCGGGACGUCAACGACAACUCCCCGCGCUUUCUGCAAGACAGUUUUCAGCUGGAGAUCAACGAGUUGACUGUUCCCGGUGCGCGGUUCUAUUUGGGAGUGGCCGAAGAUCCGGACGUGGGCAGUAACUCGCUGCAGGGCUAUGAGCUGGAGGCCAACGGCUACUUCGCGGUGGAGGUGAAGGAGAGCCCGGACGGCAGCAAGGUCGCGGAGCUGGUGCUGCGCCGAGCGCUGGACCGGGAGAGCGAGCCGAGCCUGCGGCUGGUACUGACGGCGCUGGACGGCGGCGAGCCGCCCCACAGCGGCACCGCCCAGAUCUGCAUCAACGUCACCGACGCCAACGACAACGCCCCCGUGUUCGAGCAGGACCGGUACCGCGCGAGCCUGCGGGAGGACGCGCCGCCCGGCUCCACGGUGCUGCACGUCUCCGCCUCCGACGCCGACGCCGGCACCAACGGCCGCGUCACGUACGGCUUCGGGAAAACGCCGGCCAAGGUGCUGCAGAAGUUCGUGGUGGAGGCGGAGAGCGGGACGGUGACGCUGCGGGAGGCGCUGGACUUCGAGGAGACGCGCGCGUUCAGCCUGGCUGUGGAGGCGAGGGACGGGGGCGGUCUGGUGGCGCACUGCGAAGUGGAGGUGGAGGUGCUGGACGUGAACGACAACGCGCCCGAAAUCGCGGUGCUGUCGGUGUGGAGCCCGGUGGGCGAGGACGCGCCGGUCGGCACGGUGGUGGCCGUCCUGAAGGCGAGCGACCCGGACUCCGGGGAGAACGGGCGGGUGUCGUGCGAGCUGUCGGGCGAGGCGCCGCUGUCGCUCGUGGCGUCGCCGGGCGGCUCGUACAAGGUGGUGACGGCGAGCGCGCUGGACCGGGAGCAGGCGGCCGAGCACCGCGUGACGGUGGUGGCCCGGGACCGGGGCAGCCCGUCGCUCUCGAGCCGCGCGGCGCUGGUGCUGGAGGUGUCGGACGUGAACGACAACGCGCCGGUGUUCGAGGAGGCCGCCUACAGCGCCUACGUGGCGGAGAACAACGCGGCGGGCGCGCCGGUGCUGCGCGUGCGCGCGCGGGACGCGGACGCGGGCGCCAACGGGCGCGUGAGCUACUGGCUGGCGGGCGGCAGCGCGGGCGCGGCGCCGCCCGUGUCGGUGGAGGCGCGGAGCGGCGCGGUGUACGCGCAGCGCUCCUUCGACUACGAGCAGUGCCGCGAGUUCGCGGUGGCGGUGCGGGCGCAGGACGGCGGGGCGCCGGCGCGGAGCUCGACGGCGACGGUGCGCGUCUUCGUGCUGGACCGCAACGACAACGCGCCGCGGGUGGUGGCGGUGGACGCGGACGCGGGGCGCAACGCGUGGCUGUCGUACGAGCUGGUGCAGGCGCCGGAGCCGGCGCUGUUCCGCGUGGGGCUGCACAGCGGCGAGGUGCGCACGGCGCGGGCCGUGUCGGAGCGGGACGCGGCGAAGCAGCGGCUGGUGGCCGUGGUGAAGGACCACGGGCAGCCGGCGCUGUCGGCCACGGCCACGCUGCACGUGGUGCUGGCCGAGAGCUUGCAGGAGGCGCUGCCGGAGCUGGGAGACAAAGACGCUGUGUCCGAGCUGACGUCUGAUCUAAACCUCAUUCUUGUAGUGGCGCUCGUUGUCGUGUCCUUGUUAUUCGUUUUCACAGUUGUUUUGAUAUUGUUCCUUAAAUGCCGACGGUCAAGGAGCCCUCCGGUUUUUAUAACUUCCGAUAAGGAUCUGUACUCCAGCCUGGGCUCCAAAGCACCGUAUAACUACUGCAGCAGCACGCUGCCCUUGCCCUACUCCUACGAGGUGUGCUUAGCUUCCGAAUCGGGACAGAAGGACUUCACAUUUCUGAGACCAGGGGCGGCAGCGCUGUCUGACCGUCCCCUGGGUGGGGAACCCGUCUCAGACACUCACUCCGGGAAGGACCCUCAUAGCCCCGGGAGCUCGGCACAGGGUCGACAGGCUUGA